ACUAUGCUUGCACGGUGUCAUGAUAAUAAAAACAAAGAAACUCAAAAAGUGAUUUGAUGGUGGGUGAAGAAGAAGGUGACUUGGUUGUGGCAUCUCCGCAUCUCAUCGAAGAUUCUUCAGCCAUUUGUGUCGUCGACAUUUCUUGCGUGUCGUAUCCAACAAACUCUAGGUUAUGGCCCGUGAAGAUUCCGUUGCAUUGAUGGAGAACCAACGGGAAUCUUCUGGAAGGGAAGGGAAAGGGAAACGGUUGUGGAAGAAGGUGAAGUACCAGCUCGUUGAGUAUCACUCGUUGCCUGCUUUCUUGCGAGACAACGAGUACAUUCUAGGUCAUUAUCGAUCUGAAUGGCCUAUGAAGCAGGUUUUGCUCAGCAUCUUCACCAUCCACAAUGAAACCCUCAAUGUUUGGACACAUUUGAUUGGGUUCUUCCUAUUUCUAGCAUUGACCAUAUACACUGCCAUGCAAGUUCCAAAUGUUGUAGAUCUCGAUUCACUGCAUCAUUUUCCGGACAUCCUCAAGAAGGUAGACUUGCACAAAUUACAAUCAGAACUUUUGAUGUGCCUACCUUCCAUGCCUGAUUUGCACAGACUCAGGGACGGAAUCUCAAAUUGGCAUAUUAAAGAACUUCUGUAUAAUUGUUUGCCUGUAAGCUUUUCCACUGGCAACCAGACUGAUGUUUGUGUUCUGCAUAAUGUAAAGGAGGACCUGGCAAACAUAAUAGCACCAUUGAUGAUUAGACCAAUUACAAGGUGGCCAUUUUUUGUAUUUCUAGGGGGUGCCAUGUUUUGCUUGCUGGCUAGCAGUUUUUGCCAUCUCCUCUCUUGCCACUCUGAGCGCGUAUCAUACAUUAUGUUGAGGCUUGACUAUGCUGGAAUUGCAGCCCUGAUAGCCACCUCUUUCUAUCCUCCAGUAUAUUACUCUUUUAUGUGUUAUCCAUUUUUCUGCAACCUUUACUUGGGCUUUAUUACUCUAUUAGGUAUAGCCACCAUCUUAGCUUCUCUCCUUCCGGUCUUUCAAACUCCAGAAUUCCGCACCUUCCGUGCAUCCCUCUUUUUUGGAAUGGGAUUGUCUGGUGCAGGACCAAUUCUGCACAAGCUUUUUCUCUUCUGGGGCGAACCUGAGGUAUUCCAUACAACUGGUUAUGAGAUUCUGAUGGGUGCUCUCUAUGGACUUGGAGCACUGGUUUAUGCCACUAGGAUUCCAGAACGAUGGAUGCCUGGGAAAUUUGACAUUGCCGGGCACAGUCACCAAUUGUUUCAUGUAUUAGUUGUGGCUGGGGCUUAUACUCAUUAUCGCGCAGGGUUGGUUUACCUCAGGUGGCGCGACCUUCGAGGCUGUUGAUUUGAUGAGCAGAUUGACGGUUGAGUACUGUUGUUGUUAUAUAGCUGGUUAAGUAUGUGCAAGUUUACAGUUUUAAUUGGGGAUGUUUUUUCUUUAAGUCAAACUUGAAGAUGUUUAUGUAAGUGUAACUAUAGGUAUUAUGUAUAUUCACUUAGAAUCUACAUGCAGGUCAUUAGGUCAACAAUAAAAACUUCAUGAGGGAAACAACUUCCUCUGUUUAUGUUUGUGUUAGCUGAUGUUUGUUUUCA